AUGGCACAAGUUGCUACUGCUAAACAUGUAGAGGGACCUGUCCCUCGACUUGACGCGGCUUUAUUUCCAUCAGCUCGGAUUGCCAAGAUUCAAGGCCGACAGCAAGAGCCUGCGGCGGGACCAAGCACUUUCUGGCCACAGUCAGACUGGAUGGCGUCGUCGGAGGUUGACCAAAAGUUCUUGGGCAGACUAGCCAAAGCUGUCGAACAAGACAAUCCUAUCCUGUCGUCGAUACUCUACAAAAUUCUUGGCUUGUCGCUCAACCUUGCCCAGCAACUUGUGGCCUCCAAGAAAUCUCGGAGGCCAGAUCCUGCCGCAUCGCCCUUGUUUCUUAAGCGCGUGUUGCAUAUAAUAUGGCUGUCUCGCGAGGGGUUGAAUAUGCUUCAGCAAUACGUCAUCCCAAUGGUUGGCAAUUAUGUCGAGUUAAAGGUCUUGGCUUACAAGCUGCGCGCUAGCUUCCAUCACAUAUUUGUUCUUUUUCACAAUCAUCCUCCAGUCUCCGACCUAGCCAGCUGGACACCAGAAGCAAGAGAAGCGGCAUUGGCAGCAGCAGCAGGCGCGCAGGAUAAGAAACGAGAGACUUCUGGUUCUGAUGGGGAUGCGUCGUCUAGGCCUUCGUCUGUUCAGCCUACUCAUCCUUUGGAGGGCGGGCCUGUUGGUCCGCCUCCAGGUUUUGAAGCUCAUGUAGCCUUGUUGCCACCGUCGUUUCUGCUACCGCAACAGAAUUAUCUCCCUGCAGCCCAUCAACAUUUUCAGGAAGCUGUGAAGCUCGCAGACGAGCUGCUGUGGGGUUCUCAUUCGCUACGGCUAUCAGUCAAGACCGAGUACGCUGCUUUUCUCUAUGAAUGCGUCCACGAUGCCAAGGCGAGCCGUCAGCUUGCCAAAGAGACAAUUGCAGAAGUUUACGACGCGACUGAAGGUAUGGAUGAUGACAUGUUUAAUGACGCAUGCGAGCUUGUCACCGUGUUGGGCAGAAUGAUGAAGCGAGGCCUGGCUCCAUCUGAUACGACAUCGCAAAAUAGAGACCAGGGGUCGAGUACUGCCCUUUUCGCCAAACAAGCCCGUCCACUGGGGAUGGAAAACCCUAUAUGA